CUUUAUGAGGUGCAACCAAAACAGCUGUUAGACAUUGCAACAGGGAUAUUCUGGCAUGGUGUCUGUCUAGCAUUAGUUCUGAAUACGGUUGUGGUUUUGAUCACUAAAAUGUCUGUGACUUUUGAACUCUCUUUGAGUGUUUCUUGGUUUUGUUGCCUGCUAAUUGGUGGGAUAACGUGUUUUACCCUUCAAGGCAAUGCUUAUGGGCAUCCUGCCUCCACUGGAGCCCAAGCGAGUGUGGUGUCUGUUCCAAAUGCUAAAGCUACUCGCCACAAUAGCUUGGCAAAUGUGACGUCGGGUCGAAAUGCCUCUGCAGAAGUGACCUGCCCCCGCGCCUCAGCAGGAACGACAGCCCCCAGCGCCUCAGCAGAAGCCACCGGCCCCCGCGCCUCAGCGGAAGCCACCGGCCCCCGCGCCUCAGCGGAAGCCACCGGCCCCCGCGCCUCAGCGGAAGCCACCGGCCCCCGCGCCUCAGCGGAAGCCACCGGCCCCCGCGCCUCAGCGGAAGCCACCGGCCCCCGCGCCUCAGCGGAAGCCACCGGCCCCCGCGCCUCAGCGGAAGCCACCGGCCCCGGCGCCUCAGCGGAAGCGUCGGGCCCCGGCGCCUCAGCAGAAGCGACCGGCUCCCGCGCCUCAGCAGAAGCGACAAGCCUUGAACAGAUGGCCCGACCCCUCAACAAGCUAGAUAGGGAGAUCAUAAUUUGGUUUGCCCAACUCCUUAAUCGUCUUUCCCCUGUUACUGUGCCUCCAUUUGAAGAAAAGGCAAAGGUAACUGAGGGGAAAUAUGUCAACUAAUGCACUUGUUUGAAAUGAGAUUCUCCUUCACUUGUGCAUCGUCAUGCAAAUUGUUUACAGGGGUGAACACGGCAAUGGUAUGAAUUGUUUUUAUAACCAAUACUACUAAAGUUGACAUCUGAUUUGGCGACAUGUCUGACACACUUUUACGUUCUACGUUUUAUGCUUUUGAUUUAGCCUGGUGUUCCUGCUACUCUUGCAUGGUUUGCUCAAUAAACAAUUUGACUUUCAA